AUGACAACCCUUGAUUCAAUACCAACUCCAUCAUGUCCACUUGUCCGACCGACAACCACCGUUGUUCCUCCAACCGAGAUGACGCCGUCUUUCUUGAUAGACACAAAGAACAAGUCUUACAAGCACCAAUAUGCAAAUAUAUACUUUACACGUCUGACAUUACUGAGAAAUGCAGUGGAGAAGCGGGCAAAAGCUAGGUGGGAUGGACUACAAAGUGAACCGCUCUAUGUAGCACGCGUCCUUGAUGUUGUUAAAUCUCAACUAUGUUGGGUAAUUGGUACAGUCUACAUGGACAUGCCACUCAAGCCGAAUGUUCUGGAAGACAUUGGCCGGGAUCAUUCCAUCCCGGCUCCACCACCGCGUGAGAAAUUCUACUGCGAUGAAGACAGCGUUAUGUUGGAGGAUGAGUCGGGUCGUCUUAAAUUAGUCGGUGACCGUGUCGGUGAGGAACGCCUAGUCACAGGCGUCAUAGUCGCCGCUCUGGGUAUGGAAACGCCCACAGGAGACUUCGAAGUUGUAGAUAUGUGCACUGCGGGACUUGCAACAUUUGCAGAGGAAGAAUUUCUUGGCUCAAACGCCAUGGAUAUGGAUGUCGACUCUUCAUCCACGCAAGAUGAAUAUGUGGCCGUCAUUUCGGGACUAUCCAUUGGGUCACCCUCACCUGCGGAUGCGCAAAUCCAAAUGCUUGUGGAGUACCUCACCGGAGAAGCAGGUGGUCCUGAGGACCAACAAUUAGCAUCACGAAUAACACGGCUUAUCAUCGCCGGAAAUUCGCUAUCACUUGCGGAAUAUGGUGAAGAGGGUGACGACGAGAAGAGACCAAGAAAAUUCGGCGCUUCAGCACAGGCAGUUUUUUCUCCUCAUCCGAAUCUUGCUCUUUCCGCUCAUCUUCAUGAUUUAACUUCCGCACUUCCUGUCCACAUAUUGCCUGGAGAGGAUGAUCCUUCUGGAACCAUUCUUCCACAGCAGCCUUUCCCCCGUGCGAUGUUCGGGAAGGCUGCAGCAUUCGAGUCAUUCCACUGCGAAUCAAAUCCGGCCUGGCUUCGCGUAAGAUGUGAUGAAGCCGAGUCACCGAUACCGAACGAAGGGCGAACUUCGUCUUCUCAAUCAAAUCAUCCGCCUGUCACUCGCAGCCUAUUGGUGACCUCUGGACAGCCUGUUCUUGACAUGUACAAAUAUCUUCCAACCCCGCCCUCGAGCCUCGUGUCGAUCGCUGCUUCAACCCUAAGAUGGCGCCACGUUGCUCCAACUGCUCCAGACACACUGUGGUGUCAUCCUUAUCGGGACCGAGACCCUUUUAUUUUGUGGGAAACCCCGGAUAUUUACCUUGUUGGCGGGAUGCCCCAAUUCGGUACGGAGCUGGUGGGUUCAGAAGAUGGAUCGGGCAGGGCAGGAAGAUAUUGCAGAAUUGUUCUGACGGGCGUUCUAGUGCUUGUCAAUCUGCGGACUUUGGAAGUGCAGCGCGUGGAUUUUGGGGUUGAGGGAUUGAGUGCGGGUGGCGGAGAGCAGCAGCCUUUAGGAGAUGAUGGAGAUGCCAUGGCAGAAGGCUGA